CCUUCUUUCUUUCUUUUUCCAUAUAUCAGAAAUGGUCUUGUUCCUUAGCCAGCCUGACCUCUGCGAGGGUGUUUUUCAGGGAAUGUUGCAGGGGAUAUUAGAAGAAAGAAAGGCAAAGAGACCAUACAAACCGCAUGGAUCUGAAUGGAAACGCAUCAAAAUUUUGGCAUGUAGGAAUUGUAGAACCCCCUUCUCCUCUACUUUGACUCACCUCAUAGAGGAGGUGAAUCGCCUCGAUGGGAAACCCUACCCAAAUUUUUAUCAUGUUAAAGAAGGGGCAAAUUUGGAGAUCCAAAGGCCUAGAAGUUUUCAUACUGCCCAUCUCUCCAAUGGAAAAUCAAUACUGUUAUUGAGAGUGCUCUGCAGUUCAUGUCGUGUGUUAGCUGGCUUCCAAGUGCUCUAUCUGGACGAGAAUAAUGGUCGAGGUCGAGGUCGAGGCUUAAACCUCGAUGUUGGACACUACAUUGUGGAUGCUAUAUUGUUCAAUUCCAUUCCGUGAGUACGUGAAGCAAUUAGGGAAGUAGUGGAAUUCCUUCAAUAAAUUUUAUUUUGCAAUUAGCGAAGAAGUAGUGGAUUUCCUUCAAUAGAUUUUAUUUUGUUUCUUGAUGUGGGAAUGGGAUUGACUGAAGCAUAAAUAAAUAAUCAAAUGUGAGGUCCAAUGAAUGGAUUUUAUCGCCUCUUCCAUUCA